AUGGGUGGUUCUACAGGGUCAGCGCAUGUGGAGUAUUCUGCGCAGAUGAUAGCAGAACAUACGGAGUACGCAUUUGUCGCCGAGUCAGACUGGUUUCAAUUUGAUCCUAACUACGUCAAACCACAUGUCUUUGAAAAGGAAAAGCUAAGUGGACAAAGGCCCCCCUUGGUUCUCGAUUGGGUUGUUGACAAUACAACCUGUGACGCCGCCACCAAGAUGGGAUCAUCAUUAUGCGCUGACACGAACAGCGUGUGCGUCCAUGUGACCAGUGGGCAUCGCUGCAUCUGCCCUACAGGUUACGAGGGAAUUCCCUACCUGAUCGGAGGGUGUCAAGACAUCAAUGAGUGCCAUUACCCGUCCCUGUAUCCUUGCAUGAACAAUGGUACCUGCACCAACACCAUUGGGGGCUACAACUGCUCAUGCCCAGAGGGAACUCAGAGCGACGAUCCCAAGAAAAUGCCCUGCACUCCAAUUUCUAAGAAGCAGACUCCAAUGAAGGUGUUCAUAGGUAUUUCUAUCGGGAUCGUGUUCGUCAUCGUCUGUGACUUUUCUCUGCUGAUUGAGUAUCAAAAAAGAAGGCUGGCAGAAGAGAAGGAGAGGUUCUUCAAACAAAAUGGCGGUCCUAUACUAUACCAGAACAUACUCUCUAGAAAAAAUGAUACAGUGAUAAUAUUCUCGAUAGAAGAUUUGAAGAAGGCAACAAACAAUUUUGAUAUAAGCAGAGAACUAGGUACAGGAGGCCAUGGUACUGUCUACAAGGGCAUUCUAGGGGAUAACAAGGAAGUAGCUGUGAAGCGCUCGAAGAUUGUGAGUCUGAUCCACACUGAAGAAUUUGUGCAGGAGAUUAUUAUACUUUCACAGAUCAACCAUAAGAACGUAAUCAGGCUUCUCGGCUGCUGCUUGGAAGUUGAAGUACCGAUAUUAGUGUACGAAUUCAUCCCAAAUGGAACUCUCUUUCAGUUGAUCCAUGAUAACCACCACACACCAAUUUCUUUAGAAGAUCGCCUCAGGAUCGCUCAAGAAUCUGCUGAAGCAUUGGAGUAUCUACAUCUUUCCAUCAACCACCCUAUUGUUCAUGGAGAUGUAAAAUCUCUUAACAUUCUUUUGGACGACAAUUACGAGGCAAAAGUGACUGACUUUGGAGCCUCGAGGAUGCUCCCUAGGGAUGCAGUCCAGUUCAUGACAAUGGUGCAAGGAACUCUAGGUUACCUAGACCCCGAGUACUUGCAAGAGCGAAAACUAACAGUAACAGAGAAAAGCGAUGUUUAUAGCUUUGGAGUCGUGCUUCUAGAGUUGAUCACAAGGAAGACGGCAAUAUAUUUUCAAGGCCAUGAGGAAGGAAUAAAUCUUGCAACAUCGUUCCUGCAAGCGCUUAAGGAUAACAUAGUGCAAAGUAUGUUAGACGCUAGCAUAACGUAUCAUGGAACAGAGGAAUUGUUUCAGGAGGUUGCUGAGCUUGCUAGCCAGUGCUUGAGUAUGAAAGGGAGCGAGAGGCCUUCCAUGACCCAAGUGGCUGACAAACUGAAGGCUAUACGAAGUACCUGUAGUGGUAUACUGUUGCUGAAGCACGAAGAAACUCAGCGUCUUGCUGAGCAGCGGGGCACAGAUUCAGUUGGUGACCUAUCCCCAAGCAUGUACUGGACGGCACGAAAUAUGGGGUUGGAUAUUGAGACACCACAUGUAGAUCAUGCUGGUACUACUACCAACAUGCUAUAG